UGUUGGUGUGGCACGUUGUGGCUGUGAUACUUGUGUUACUUUUAAUUUUUGCUUUAAGUCUUCGAGUUAUUUAAAAUAUAUUUGAGAUAUUUAAUAUCUCAUGCUCAUUCUGCGCUGUGUGUCUUGCUCUUGAUUCUAUGUCACCAUGGCUAAUGAGACCACUGUGAGCUUUAAACAGCUCAACUUGAAUUCUUGGAUUAUUCGACAGUUGCAGAAUAUUGGUCUAACAAUUGCAACUCCCAUACAGAGUCACUGCAUUCCUAAAAUUUUAGAAGGAAAGGAUUGCAUCGGAUGUGCUAAAACUGGUAGUGGGAAGACUCUAGCUUUCGCGAUACCAAUUUUGCAGAAACUAUGCGAAGAUCCAUAUGGAAUAUUUGCUCUUGUGCUUACGCCAACCCGAGAACUUGCUUAUCAGAUAGGUGAUCAGUUUUCCGUUCUAGGGAAGCCCAUGAAUUUAAGGUACACUGUCGUGACUGGAGGAAUGGAAAUGUUGACUCAAGCCCAGGAAUUACGUCAAAACCCUCAUGUUGUCAUUUCGACUCCUGGCAGACUGGCUGAUCAUUUGGAAAGUUGCGAUACCUUCUCCCUGAAGCGAAUCAAAUUUCUAGUUCUUGAUGAAGCAGAUAGACUUCUCGGCGGUUUAUUUGACAAACAGAUCAAAACUAUCUUCUCAGCAAUCCCGAAAAAUUGCCACCGUCUCUUGUUCAGUGCUACAAUGACUGAUGUGUUAGAAACUGUGAAAGAAGUGACGGAUAAAGAUGUAUUUGUCCAUAUUUCUGAAUCUGAAGUGGCAACAGUAGAUGAACUGGAGCAGCUGUACGUAUUAUGUCCAUUAGACAUACGAGAUGGUUACUUAGUUGAAGUCAUCAGAUUGUACCGAGAGGAGAAUCCCAGAAGUUCAAUGAUUAUUUUCACUGACACUUGCAAGAACUGUGCUCUCCUGUCCAUGACUCUCAACGACAUCGGUUUCACAAAUGUUGCGCUGCAUGGAAUGAUACCUCAAAAACAAAGAUUGGCAGCUUUAUCAAAAUUUAAGUCUAAAAAUGUAAAAAUCCUAAUUGCAACUGACGUUGCAUCUAGAGGCUUGGACAUACCGCAAGUUGAGUUGGUCAUCAACCACACGAUACCGAAUGAACCAAAGACAUAUGUUCAUCGAGUAGGACGAACUGCUAGAGCUGGGCGCGGUGGAACCUCAAUUUCGUUGGUAACACCGCAUGAUAUCAAAUUAGUUAAGGCCAUUGAAAAAGUAAUCAACAUGAAAAUGAAGGAGUUCCCAGUUGAUGGAAAGGAGGUGGCGAAAAUUUUCACAGAAGUUGUCGUAACAAAGAAAGCGUCAGAAUCAAAAUUAGAUGAAUCUGACUUCCAUGAGAAACGGAAAAUACAUCGCCGAAAAAAACUGAUUCUGGAAGGAAAAGAUCCAGAUGAAAUCGAAGAACAACUUAAAAUGAAAAGGAAAGGCAAGAAAUUGAAACAUUUUAAACAUGCCAAGAAGUCUAAGACAACUGAAGAAAAACAACUGUAGCCCUGGCUGAGUACUCAUUCUUAUCCUUCAGUCAAUUUCAUGAAGCAGUCCAAUCUAAUUGCUCAGGGAGAGUUUAAAAAUUUUAUUUCAUGAAAUUAUUCUAGACACAAAGUGAUGAUGAGAACCCACUUUGAAUUUUUAACCUCAUGGAUACUGAUCUGUGUCAUGCCAAAUGAGGCACUGUAUCAUAAAUGAACUUUCACUUGCGAUUACAUUUUUUAAGCGUAAAACUUGACAAGCACACUGUAAACAUAGAAUAGUGCCUCAGAAACCGAGAAAUGCUGCGUUUUAAAAGUCAAUUUGUCCGCAAAGAGGUGUGUGAAAAAACGGCCAAAAUGCCCAAACGUAUUCUCAAAUUUUGAAUGCUUGUGAUAAAGGAGCUUUUGAGAUGCCUUGAACUGGCCGCAGUUUUGCUUAAAAACGCUGUGUUGCGACGUUGCCAUUUUUUAAAGUGUGAACCUUUGAAAAUUCAUAACUACUUUGCAUCUCAACAGAACGUAGAGAGAGAGAAUGUAAAAACAUCUCAAUGGAUAUCGAUGAACUUUUUUUUUAAAAUGCUCCUCUUAAAUAGAGCUUUCUAACUGUAUGUAGUUAUUUGGGUUUACUUACUUUAGAUCGCAAUAACUGUUGGUCUUUCAGAUGGAGAAAUAUAAAACUCGAUUUCAUUUCUCGAAUUGAGGUUAUUAAAAAGGGGAUUUUUAGAGUUUAAAAAUGAUUAGUACGGCGGCAUAAAGGUCUGUGGUUUAUUGGUGGAUCCAGGUUCAGGAAAGAGAUGUCGUGACAUGGCGUUGUGAUUUCUUGUGCAUGGUUCGUUAGAGUAAAAGUUAAAAAAAAAUUUCUAUCAUUCACAAAGUCUUUUUGGAUUCGAAAAAUAGAGUGAAACAGGAGUUGAUAACAGUAAACUUCUGUCUGCCUCCUAAGAACCGGAGACUUACCGCCCCACCAUUUAUCUUAUAACUAUCAUUUGCAAAUAUGUCAUCAUUUUGUUAUCAAUUUGAUUAUUUAUUUUUUUCUAGGUCUUUUCCUAUUUCAAUAUAUUCUGUAUUUUUAUCCUCUGUGAUAUAUGUGAAAAAUAUAAGAAUAUCGUCUGACAUGAAAGUAUAAAACGUGAAAAAAUCAGA